CCAGGAUUCGUUCAGAAAUGAACUACUUGUUGUUGUCUCACAAAAAUCCAAUGCUAUUCCAAAAUAUUCUUUACUAAAUUCACCUUGAGCUGGCUCACCUCACGAAAAAUAGAUCAAAGUAAAGUCCAAUUAUUCCUGGCGCAUCGCAUCCAUAGUCAACAAAUAAUGGACAUGCAUGUGACCACUGUUAACGUGCAAUCGUACGGUUCGUCUUUAAAGUGUUGUGUUUGUGUGUACAACCGGGCACGUAUGUUGCAAGCCAUGCGAAUGCAAAGGACUCCGGAAAACGCAAAUGGAAAACUAGAAGAAACAUCUAAAAAAACUCCAGAUUUGUUGUGCAAUUGCAAGGUGCAACGAUAUUGCAGUGUUGCCCAUCUUACUGAAGAUCUCAUGGAGCACCGCGACUUCUGCCAGAUUCUAAGGGAAGUCCAACAGGUGGAGAGCAUUUCAUUUCCUCAUUUUCUGCAAGGAGUUGUUCUGUCCCGUACCAUGCUGAACCAGGCCAUUUCUCAGUUAAAGCUCAUCCUGAGCGUCAAACUCCGGCGUCCUCUCUCCUUGCGCGAGAAAGAAAUAAUUGGAAAUCCUGGUUACUGCGUUAUUUGCUAUCGAACCACGCCUCUAAAUUCUUGCGCAGGAUGUGAGGGCGUGGCCUACUGCUCUGAGUACCAUCGGCAGCUCGACAAGGAUAAUCACACGCCGAAAGUGUGUCGAACCCUAGCCCUCGUCUACAGCCCCUACCGACUGCUCGAAUCAAAUCAAUUUCAAAUCAAAGAAUUCCAUAGAAGCAGCAUCCUUCAAGAGACCAAUCUUGUCGAGGCAUUUUACAAUGCUACUUUGCUAAUGGUGAACGACAGCCCAAACAAUCUUCAGCAGUACGAUCUGCUUGCUGCUUGCUCUUCAUUUAGUACCGUUUGCACCGUUUGCCUAGCUUUGACCCAUUUGACCAUUGUGGCUGAACCAGAUAAGGCUGUCAUCGUGUACAUUGUGGGAGCAACCAGUGAAUGUCUACGCUACUUCGAAGAAAUGCAUCUAAAAUUCUUCUUUCUCCAGUACGAAAGUGUACAAAAUUUGGAAUUGUACUUUAUUGGAAACAUGAUAGAGGCCCAAGAAUCUGAGGAGUCAAUUAUUUGCGUAGGAGAUCUAAAAAGAAAGGUUCUUAAACGGAAUGUUCCUGGGAUCGGAAAUAUGACCCCUCUUCUUGUUGGCCAAUUUUAUCCUCGUUCUGUACAGAUAGAGGAACCAGAUGAUCGCUAUUGGCCGGAAUGUCUCAUUAAGAUUCUUCAAACAUAUGGUGCGCCAAUUUGUUUUACAUCUUUAUCAAAGGUGCUAGCACUUUCCAAUUAUUCAGUAUUCAACGAUUUGGCCAGAGAGAACAACAUUGUGAUUAAACGAUCGUACAAUAUCACUAAAAAUCUCUAUCGUGGAAUAUUGCCAUUGCGCAAUCAUUGUGCCGAAGACUCUGAAAUGAUAGUGUACAACAACAACUAUCUUGAGGUGAUGUUUACGAAUCCAAAAAACUGAGAUAUUAUUAUGCAUAAGACUAAACUCUUUGAAAGAGUUAAUAUCGACAAGUAUACAAUUCGUGUACUUAAUAAUCAAUAGAUCUAGAUCUAGAUCUAGAUGGUACCCACAUAAGGGGUAUACAAAGUUGGCUUUGUUUAAGAGUUAUAUAAAAUUCUGUUAUAUUCCAUUGCAAUUUAAUAAAUAUCUAUUUUUAAGAAAAAUAUGUGAACAAAUACGUUCGCAUCUGUUACACUCCAUUCUGAAAUAUGUGAACAAAGACUUGCUUAUCUGCUAUAUUUCAAUAUAAUAAACAUCGUUGAACUUUUAAA